GGGGGGGGGGAAGCCAGAUUCACUUAACGACCGUGUUACUAGCUUAACAAUUGCAGUGACUCGCAAGAAAGGUCGUAAGACGGGGCAAAGCUCAUUCGACACAAGUCUUUGCAGCCAGGAACCCUCAGAGCCCGGAACUUUUAUCGCGCGCGGGUCGCGUUUCCCGGAGGACUCAAAUGAGCGUUGCACAAACUCGCCGGAAGUGGAGAGGAAAGGCCGGCGGCUUUUGUUUACCCCAUACCGGAAGCAGACCGGAAGGGACCCCCGCGCGCACGUGUCCUUCCCUGCUCGCUCGGCGGACCGAAAACAUGAAACUCCUGACCCACAACAUGCUCACUUCUCACGUGCGGGGCGUGCGAGCCGGAGGAGGGUUUCCCCUUCUCAUAAAGGCUACAGAGGUGAAGGUGAACAACAUCGACUUCAACCCGGAGUUCACGGCACGGAUGGUGCCCAAAAUAGAAUGGGCAGCUCUGGUGGGCGCUGCAGAAAGUUUGGGCCACCGCUCAGACCUUCCGUCCGAGGUUAUGCCCGAUUAUGAGCAAAAUGAAGAUUUUCUUCGGAAAGUGCAUCAUGUCUUGAUGGAGGUGGAGGUGAUCGAAGGGGUCUUGAAGUGUCCGGAUACUGGGCGGGAAUUCCCCAUUACCAAAGGCAUCCCGAAUAUGUUGCUGAGCGAAGACGAGACGUGAGCUGCCCUACUAUCAAAACGCCGCCAGAACGAGUCCAGAGGGACGGAGGAGAAACAGUUAACCUCCCAGCCAGGUUUUUUUUUUUUUUUUGCAUUAUUGUUGUUGGUUUUGUGUCUGUAAAUAAAUCUGAAUGCUUGAAACCGACUUUGUGACAUUGAUAAGAGAAUCCUAGGGUUGGGGUGUAGGAGAUCUGUUUGGAAAUUGAAUACCUGUACACAACAGCUGGGUUCUAACAACUGUAGCUCUUCAUUUAACGACUGUGGCAAGCAAAGUCAUAAAAUGGGUCAAAACUCA